AUGCAAGAAAAACAAAGUCAUUGCUCUCGCGAAAGCAUACAGCCAGGAUGUUAUGCCGCUUCUGACCUCGCGAUUGGAAGCGCACGUGGCGUUUGCCCUAUCCAAGACACGUGGUACUUGCGUGUUCUCCUAGCCACUCUCGUGCGGGCUUUUAAAUCGCAGAGCGUGCCGACCGGUUGCGAAUCAAAACAAGCUCGCGAUAAUGAUAAGGCGGGCCAACGUUCAUAUACGAGUAUUGAAAUGAUCUGA